AUGGGCCCUUUCCCUUCUUCGUACGGAAAUAAAUACAUCCUAGUCGAUGUUGACUAUGUGUCAAAGUGGGUUGAAGCGGUAGCUUCCCCAACAAACGACGCAUUCGUAGUUAUUAAGCUUUUCAAAAGCAUUAUCUUCCCGAGAUUCGGAAUACCCCGAAUAGUCAUAAGUGACGGUGGUUCCCAUUUCAGCAACAACGUUUUUGAAGGACUACUCCGUAAGAACGGAGUACACCAUAGAGUUGCUACACCCUGCCACCCGCAGACGAGUGGGCAGACCGACGAGAGGAAAACGAAGAGGAGAUUAGACACCCGCAUCACGGCUCCAGUCCGUGCAAAGAAACUUGGCCGAGAGAGCCCGAGGAUGGACCUAUUCCACUCUUUGACCACUUCGCGGACACGCAAAAAGCGGCAAAGAGCUCGGCAUGGAGAAACCGUGCAAUCGAGGACACCUGGGACGACUAUGACAACAUAUUCUACAGUGAAUGGCUGA